GGCUUUUCUCCAGGAUGUGUUUUUCAAUGUCCAUGCUAUUGGUGGCUAGCUACUCCUUGACCUUCUCACUAGUAUAGCCAUUAGUAAAACAUCCCUUCUUCUUCUUCUUCACUAGCUUCUCACUCACUCACCUCCUCCAUAUUCCCCUUUCUUGCAAAGGAGAAAGGAACAAGAAUAGGAUUCAGCUCAGGUCAGCUCCAUCACUGCAGAGAAUAUAAAGAUCUGAAAGAGGCAAGCAGACAAGGUCAGGUCAGGUCAGGUCAGAGGAGAAGCUAGCAGCCAUGAGUACCAUGAAAUUUUGCCGCGAAUGCAACAACAUACUGUAUCCCAAGGAGGAUAGGGACCAGAAGAUUCUGCUCUAUGCCUGCAGGAACUGUGACCACCAGGAGGUUGCAGACAACAACUGCGUCUACCGGAAUGUGGUGCACCACAGCGCCGGAGAGUUCACCCAAGUGCUCCAGGAUGUCGCCGGCGAUCCGACUCUCCCUCGCACCAAGGCGGUCCGGUGCGCGGUCUGUGGCCACGGCGAGGCCGUGUUCUUCCAGGCCACUGCCAGAGGGGAGGAAGGGAUGACCCUGUUCUUCGUCUGCUGCAACCCGAGCUGCGGUCACAGAUGGAGAGAAUGAGAUCAAUUUGUAGUCAACCAAGUGAAGAAAGUCAUUGAUGCAAAUGAUCAGAGAGACAUAUGAUUUUGAUUUCAUCCAAGAGACAUUCCAUAGAAGCAUAGACUGAUUGUAUGUUUAAAUUUUUAAAAACACAUUCAGGCAUCGGUAUUUUGUGUAACUUCUGAAGGAAAAGGAUCAAGACUACUAGGAUAAAACAUUCUGUGGUCUAUUCCUUCCUUAUAAACAAAGGAUGGGAUGAGGACAGUUUUCUUGGUGAUUCAAUUCUGCAGUAAUUUCCGUA